CUCAAUUUUCGGAGCAGUGAUUGUCAUGGCAGUAUAGAGUCAAAGAAUCAAAAAAAAAUUGCGUCAACAAAUCAAAAGAUGAUCUUCCAAGAAAUUACGUCGUGCUUCAAGAAAACAGAGAAAUUGCUUCGUGCUUCAAGAGAAUUGAAAAAUUGCUUCGUGCUUCAAGACUGAAAAAUUGCUUCGUGCAACAGGCAAUCAGAUAACUCGGCUUCGUGCUUCAAGAAAUUACAGAGCAUGCUUCGUGCUUUUAAUGAAAUCGCUUCAAACUUAAACUGAAAUUGAGGACAGAAUCAGCAUACCAAAGAUGAAUGUAUCAUCGAGUCAAGAAGAACAAUGCUCGAAGAAAGUUGGCGACAAACACUUGCAAAAUCGGCAGAAAUAUCAGACUUGAGGAAAACAUGAAUCGCCAUUGAUGCAAUCGGAGAUUGAUUAUGAUACAGAAGAGCGGAAGCAAAAACGAUCAGGAAUCAAAGAGCCGAAGCUCUGAUACCAUGUUAACCAUGGAGGCAAGAAAGUUAGGUUUGGGUGUUUGACAGAGAAAGUCGAAGGAAGAGGGAGAGAGAGAGAGAAAGAGAGAGAGAAAUGAGAUCUGUAUUUUCUGUAAUGAAAAGCUGUUACAAUUUUCACUUAACUAAAGCAAUGCUUAAUCUAAUGUUUAUAUAGCCGACAACUUCUACUAAGUAGCCUAGCUAACAAGCCUAACUAACAAUCACGAGUUCUACACUGAGAAGCACGUGACCACUCUCCAGCUCAUAUAUUGUUAACACCUCCAGCUCAUAUAUUGUUAACACUUAGUUGGUAUAGAUGUUUACUGACUGGGAUAGAUUUUUAUGGAGAACAAAUUUUCAUGUGAAACUGUUUAAGGGAUUCCUUUUCUUUUUUUUUUGGGUUUGUUUUUUGGGGUCUCAAUAGGAAACUCUCUUAGAAAAUGGUGUUUUGUUUUUGUUUUUUUUUUUUAUACAGAAAGUGUAUCGAAUCGUAAAUGGGAUCGAACUCAAGAUGUUGUAAACCAUGCAUAGGAGAUAGGAUCAGUGGAUUGCCAGAUGCAAUUCUUAGCCACAUUCUUUCUUUUCUUACAACAGAAGAUGCUGUGAAGACCAGCGUUUUGUCACAUAGAUGGUUCGAUGUGUGGACUUCUGUUCCCAAGAUAAACUUAACUCUUGGUUCACAGGCAGCAUUUGAACCUUUUGCGCAGUUUGUGGACUGUGUACUUUUCUUUCGUGGCUCAUCAAACAUUCAUACCUUCCAGCUUCGUUGUUCUGUAAUCGAGGAGGAUUUUUGUCGUAUUGAUCCCUGGAUUUACACUGCUGUUAGGCGUAAUGUUGUCGAAUUUGAAUUUGACCUCGAUGUGGAUGUGGACUCAAAGUCACACAGAUACGAGGGUUAUGAGUUGCCUAGAAGGCUUUUGAUGUGCAACACAUUGGAGGUUUUGAAGCUGACUCUGAAUCAUAAAGAUAUUAUCAUCAAUCCUCCCUCUGAUUGUUUCCCAAGUCUUAAGUUCCUCCAUGUUACACUCCAGUAUCCUGGUGGUCACUCAUUGGAGAAACUCCUCACUUGCUGCCCCGUACUCGAAGAUUUGAUUAUAGAGGGACACCUUAAAGAUGAUUCAGUUGUGAAUAUUAAUGUCUCUGCACCUAAACUAAAAAGACUUCGAAUGCGUUUGUCCAUGGAUCUAGUCCGUUGGGAUGAAGGUGAUUACAAAAUGUUAGAAUACAAGUGCAAAAGAAUUUACAUUAAUGCUGAUGCUCCGAAUCUUGAAGAGUUCAAUCUCCGGGAUAAUUUCUUGGCGAGCUAUUCUUUGAACAAUGCAAAAUCCCUAAGCAAAGCCAUGAUUGAUUUGGGGCGCCUGUAUACAUUAGAGGACCCUGACUUUGCCCGUGACUCUGCCGAUCGUAUGCAUAGGCUUUUUGCAGGAAUUCACAAUGUUACAUAUUUAUCACUUUCAUCUCCAGUUUAUGGGGAUCUUUUCACUCGAGAUCGAUAUCAUCUACCUACAUUUAAUAUUCUGAACUGCUUGGAGCUACAUCUUGAACCCUGCUUCUCGUGGCAGUUUUUGACAAAGUUGCUAAAUAUAUCACCCAAUCUGGAAUAUCUUGUCUUCGCAAUUCACAUCAGCUACACUGCGAAACUGGAAAACCGUGAGAGUGAGUUUGCAGUUGGUCAAUGGAGUCAGCCAGAUUUUGUGCCUAUCUGUUUGUUGUCAAGCCUCAAGAAAAUUUGCAUACAGGGAUUCCAUGCGUGGCCAGAUGACAUAGAAGUGGUGAAGUACUUAUUGAAGCACGGUGAAGUAUUGAAUACGGUGAAAAUUUGUCCUUCUUACUUUCAUUCAGAAGAAGAAAUGAAGCUAAGGCAGAAACUGUCAAUGUUCCCAAAGGGUUCAAGGACUUGUCAAAUUGAAGUUAUGAAAAUCAAGUCCUAGGCUUUAUAUAAACUCCAUUUUCAAACUUGUAAAUGGAUCGCUAUUCAUAAUAAAAUAAUAAUAAUAACUUGC